AUGGCCGCCGAAACCGCGUCACAUCCCACGAGCUUGAUGGAUCUCCCCGUCGAGAUCCGCCUCGAGAUCUACCAGCUCCUCUUCCACCUCCCGGCCUUCAACAAGUUCGCCCGCGCCGACGACACCUCGGCCAUCGUCCACGCCGGGCUGCUCCUCGCCAACCGCCAAAUCAAUGCAGAGGCCACGCCGUUCUUGUAUUCUGAAAACACUUUUCUCGCACACCCUACGCUGCUUGCUUCAUUCCCCCGGCUCCGUGCCCGCUACGGCCCCAUCAAGGAGUCGGCAGUGCUGCCCCGCAUCCGCCGCUUCCACGUCGAGGUCCGCCUCGACUGCGACCUGCCCUACGACAAGGACGCCGUCACAAAGUCCUUCAGCGGGCUAGAUGAGCUGAACAUCAACGUCAACCAGAGCAUGUACUUGGGCGUGGGUCACCGCAACUUGCACAAGUUUGAGGGCAUCCGCGGCGUGAAGCGGGUCCACAUUUCCGGGAGCACCACCGGCUUCGAAGAGUACGCCCGGUGGCUCGUGGGCGUCAUGCAGAGCGAACCUGGCACCCAAUUUGGAGAGUUCAAGGCAUCACAAUGGGGUUGGUCCGACCGACUCGCCACCGUUCACUACUAA